AUGGAUGACAAAUUCAUUAAAGAAAUAAUACCUGGAUUUUCAAAUAAAUUAUAUGAUUAUUUAUUAGCAUUCAAGUGUGAUGAAAUGAGUAAUCUAGUUAUAUCACCAAUCGGUAUAUGUACAGCGUUAUGCAUUGUACUUUCAGCAAGUAAUAAUAGAACAGCUACAGAAUUAUUCAAAGCAAUGGAAUUAAACAAAGACUUUGAUUACCAUGAAAUAAUCCGAGAGGCAUUACGCAAUAUUUCUAAUACAGGUGAAGGCAUUCAAUCAACUAUCAAAAAUCGUAUUUUUAUAUCGAAAUCGAUUGAAAUUGAUGAAAACUUUAACAGAUUACUGUUAGAUACAUAUAAAGCAGAAAUUGAAAAAGUUCCAUUUAAAGGUGACAGAAAAGGUUCAAUAAUUCGUGUUAAUGAAUGGAUAAAUCGAAUAAUGAAUACGAAAUAUCACAGAUUAUCGAUAUCCAGUUUCCCUGAUAAUAUUUCUACUGUAAUUACUUCGACAGCUCAUUUAAAAGGAUUAUGGAAGCAUGUUUUUGAAGAAGAUAAAAAACAAACAUGCAGUUUUCACAAACUUAAUGGUUCCAGUAAAAAUACCACUUUUUACCAUACAAUUGAUGAAUUUGAAUCAGCUACAUUUCCUGAACUUAAAUCAUGCGGUGUAAAAAUACCAUUAAUAGAUUCACAAUGGACAGUAUUGAUUUUAUUACCAGAUGAAGAGAAUGGUCUGCCAGGCUUAAUCAAUACACUGCGUAGUACAAAUGGAUUUGUAAAAUUAAUGGAAUCACCAUUUUAUUCAUUAAGAAUGGAAUUAUACAUACCUAAGCUAUGCAUAAAAUUAAAUGAUUUAAUUAGUAUUAAAAAGUUAUUACAACGCAUGAACAUUAAUGAUGCAUUUGAUAUUAUGUCAGCUAAUUUAUCUAAUAUGACCAGUUCACUAAAUGAUAAUGUUUUUAUCUCUGAAAUAUUUCAUUGUGCUAGUUUCGAAAUAAAUGAAAUGCGCACAUCCUCAUGUAACCUCACUCCAUUAUGCGGUAAAAAACCACCUGAACCAGCAGAGAUUACAAUGAAAAUUGAUCAUCCAUUCUUUUUAAUAAUUCUAUGGAAUAAUGAAAUACCUGUCUACCUUGGACAUAUGAUUGAACCAUAG